AUGUUGAGGGGGGGAGGUCUUACGAGCAAGGUGCUAAAAAUAGGAAAACUCUGGCUGGCUGAUAAAGAAAGUGCUUUUUUUACCACAAAAAAAAAAAAAGGAACAAAAAAUGCCUUAUCCAAAUGCAUCGAAAUUAACAAGGCAAUUUUGAAAAAUGAAAAUAUUCUCGAAAUAGUAAAAAUAAUAAAGAAGAAUGAAAAAAAUGCCAAUAUAAUUAAUUACGUAACAUUUGUUCACAAGUUAAUGCAAAUAAUUUGGAGUAGGAAGGAUGACCCCACUUACUUAAAAGGUGUAACAUAUAUCCAUGACGAAAUAGAGGAAAAAAUUAACAUCAUUUUUCAGUAUUUUAUUGACCACAAGAAAAGUGUUAAGGUUAAUAACUAUAACAAAAGGCUCUUUUCUUCCUUCAUAUGGUCACUUAGUAAGUAUGCCAGUCUGUUCAAAGGUGGUGACACCUGGCACCUCUUUGCGAGUACGGUGCCGCACAGUGAUUUGGCACAUCCGUGUAAUGGUGAAGUGGAGUGGCUGAAAAGGGUCCUUGUCUUAAAUGGGCAGGGGGAGCAUGCCACUGGUGAGCACAGUGUGUACCUGUCGGGGGGUGAUGAUGGCGACGGUAUGAUCAGAAAUGUUCCUCUGCAAACAGCUACUCGUCAAGAGGAACAAAAUGCACAUGAUGGAAAAAAUCGCACCCGCGAAGCAGUCAGGGGAAGCCCCCCCCUGUGUAAUAAGUUCAGCCUGUUAUGCUAUUAUGCAGACGCGUAUUUACCAUCUUUAAAUCCCUCUCGAUAUGUCCUUGUGCUUUGGUCAUUAAGCAAGCUGAAUAAACAUUUCAAAGAAUUACACGAGCGAUACUACGAGAGGAGCGAGAGUCUCUUGCCUCUGCUAAAGAAUAGGGAACUGAUAAUGCUGCUAUAUAGCUACUCCUAUGUAAAUUAUUCAAACUUACAUUUUUACGUAAAAGUGAAAGACUUUAUUAUGAGCAGAAAUGCACAUAAGCAAAUAGUCCGUGCAGGGGAGUUCGAAUCGUUGAUCAACAUGCUUCUGUCAUUUUCGAGGCAAAAUGUAUUUCCCCAAGACUUACUCGAAAGCACAGUAGAUCAGAUUUUACACUCGAAGGGUUUUUUAAAAUCGAUAAAAAGUAAGGAUCUUAUAACCCUCCUCUUUUGUCUAUGCAAAUGCCCGUUUUUAUACACACCUGUGGAAAAUCACUUAGAGGCGCUAAAAAGAAGAGAGACAAAUAUAUGGGCAAGAAAAAAUAUCUUUUUGUAUGAAUUGCUAAAAAAGGAAAUUAUGAAUAGGUGCACAAAAGGGAGGAACCCAAUUGGGGAUACAUUUCAGACGGAGGAAAAAAAUACACACAAAGAGGUACCAGUCUACAUGAUCACCUACUCCUUGGAAAACUUAAUUCUAAUCAUAUGGUCGUUAAGUCUUAAGUAUAUAUACUCAGCAAAAUUGUUCCUUUGGUGCUUUACUAAGUUAUCUGAUUAUUUAAAAAAUCAAAACUACGUGAACAGUUCAUAUCCCAUGUUAACGAACUUUUACUUAUCCAUUUUGUCCCUCUUGCUAGAAGAUGAGACGGUCAUUAAUUUGUAUUUUAACAGAGCAGAAUUAAAUGCCCUGCGUGUUUUGUACAACUAUGUCGGUAUCUUUGAAAGGCAUUUGGGGAUAUUCAAAAAGGCGAUAAACAUGAAUGGAAGGAAACAUGACGUGGAAGUGUCUGGCAUGCAUAAGGUUAUAUACAAUUUGGUCUGCGACCUUUUUAAGGGAUCAGAAAAUGUAGCUGUGUUGUUGGAACAUAAAAACGGGGUGGAUUUGUCUGUGGAUAUUUUGCUCCUUCAAAAGGGGAACACUACAAGUCAGGAGAACGAACACCGUGGGGUGGCUCCACGUGGUGAAUUUUUAUUUGAAGAGGCGUUAACCCAUGGCCGGAAGGGGAAUGAACAGUCUUAUCACAGCAACAACGAAGGUGCGGCGAAAUGUGCAGGGUGUGCAACGGGGAAGAGCAAUGUGGUUAUUGGUUCCCCGUUCCCAAUACCCUCCAAAAGUGCAUCACUAGGGGUGAAUCAAAAGCGUAACUGUCACAGCAGCGCCGAAACUGAUAACACAAAAAGUGGCACUUACAUUGAAGAGGCUCCCAACGUGAGUGCAUCUUUUCAGAAGGCAGAUAUCCCCAGUGAUGAGGUAAGAAGUAGUUUGCUCACCUUCAUCGAAAGAAUAAAAAAUGCGAAUGACAAAAUGGACGCCAAGGAAUUGAAAAAAAUAUUCAAAGAUGUGCUAACCUUCUUUGGGAAACACUCUACCCAUAUUAACGAUCAGAUCAUUGUUAGUUUUUUUUAUAAAUUUUCUGCCCUUUUUCCGCAAUUGUGUGAGUUAAGGGACCGUGGCAGGUUGGUCAAUGGUGGUGGCGAAGACUUUUUAAGAAUUUUUUCCUACUUCCAUGUAUACACCACUAACACGUUUUUUCAAAAUGUGAACACAAAAAAGGCGCAGCAUCUCCUUGACGUGUGCUGGGUCUACUUCCGAUACAUGAAAUAUUUUUGUACUUUAUCGAAGGAAGGAAACCCAGAUGGGCCUAGAGACAGAGAAAAAAUAACAGGAAUGGUAACUAAAAAAAGGCUAUCGGGAGAAAUAAAAAAAAUUGUAAACAUAUUCGACCAGGUUGUAAUAAACAAAAUGAUAAGUGAACAAAUGAUAGCAAAAAUGUCGUCCAAAAAUAUGGCUCACCUUAUUUCCAUUUUUUUGCACAUUAACAAUUCGAAUAUUCUUCUAAUUUUGAGUGCUUUAGCCAAGUCUGAUUUUGAAUGGAAAAUUGAAAGAAGCUAUUUUUGCAACAAAUUUAUUGAGCAUAUAGACACCUGUGGGGUGCGGGACUUGGUGGAAUUUACCUAUUUGUGCGCGGAGUUGAAAUGGAGCAGUGAGCUUAUUAGUACGCAUAUUAUUGAUAAAGUUAACUCGUAUGGUCCUCUCCAACAGUUUGCAAAGCAGGCCUAUGUGGAUCGAAGAAGCGACUGCUGUGGGGGGGUACCAGACGUUUCUUCCACCCCUUCUGGUCAGACAAAAUUCAUUGAGACCUUCGAAGAGGAUGAACUAGCCCUUUUCGUGAGGAACUGUUACCGAAUGCACUGCUUUGAUCGACAUUUUUUUGACACACUGUGCGACGCGGCUCUGAGGAGGCGCAGUACGCUGAGUGCGAAAAGUCUGUGCAUUGUGCUGCCCUGUUUUGCGCGCGUUUAUUGCUUGCACGGGGUGGGCGCGUAUUUCCCCAGUGGAAGGAGCGGGGGAAGAGAGCCUCUCACACGGAGUGGCCAAACUGGAAAGAUGGAUCACGCUGACCACUCUGACCACGCUGUUCAGUUGGCCCAUACCAGUGACCAUCUCGAUGCAGACAUAUCCUUCUGCAGGUACGACGUUCCCGCGUCGCUAAAGAAGCUCGCAAGUUACGCGGAGACGAAAAUACUCUCCAGCAGGAACCCCGAUUUGUUCAACCUGGCAUAUUUUAUGGAGGCAUAUACGCUUCUCAAAGUUGAAAACAAAAGGGUGUAUGCUUUAUGCGCGAAGGAGGUAGAAAGGAAGGUAGGAAUUAACAUACGAGUUGGAGCCACAAACGGAGGAGAGAAGAAAAGACAUUGUUGGGGAGAUACAGAUAAGGAAGUAAAACUGCUGGGGAAAAUUUUAUGGUGCAUGUCGUACUACCAUAAAACGGAAUUUACCUUGGCAGGGAAAAUUACCAACUUUUUGCUAACGAAGAGGAUAUACCAAAAUGUAUCCCCUGAAAAUUUUAUUUCCAUUUUUUUGUACUACAUAAAAUCGAGAGUAUACAACAGAAGGUUGUUCCAUAAAAUGGGGCAAGCUGUCACAAGGAGCAUAACUCUGCGCGAUUAUUUUAUUGGCGGGGGGGGGAAACGAGGGGGAGGCUUCAAAUUGAGCGUCAUCACCGAACUGUUUGGAACCAUGGCAUGGGCUUACGCAUUUACCUGUUGCUAUGCACACCAGGCGGAAGAUAGUACCAAUAGGGGAGAAAAAAAAGAGGGAAAAAAUAAAAGACAAAAAAGUGAAAUAAAAAAUGAUCAACUAUUUUUAAACAAAAUAUACACCUUCUUGCUAAACGAGAUUAAAAUUCUCCAUAAAUAUAAAGGAGUUUCGUUUUUACUCUUAGCAAGAUAUUUAUGGGGCGUUGCAAUUGUAAAUUUAGUAAAUGAAGAAGUAGCACAUUUUAUUAACACGUACAAUUGGAAUGCUGUAAAUAUAAGGGAACAAAAUUAUAUGCACUUACACAUGAUUGUUACCUUUUGGUUAAGAUUAAAAUAUUCCCAUUAUGGUUUUCACCUUUGUGAGGACUUCCUCACCUUAAAGGAUCAUAUUAUGAGCCUACUUAGGAAAAAGCAAAAAAAAUUAAAAAAUGGUCACCAUACUGCUAGCGAGAAUAUAUCAGACUUCCACCAGCAGGUGUGCCAAAUAUUAGACAAAUUUGGAGUGAAAUACGAAAAUGAGUACAUGGCGCAGGAACUUUUGUCUAUCGACUUGGCCAUAAGGGAUGACACGACGGGGGAAAAGAUUGCCGUUGAGGUUGACGGCCCAUCACACCAUUUGGUACUUCUGGACGAGACCGACACGAGGGCUAAGAAGUAA